AUGAUAUGACUACUAUUUUUCCAAUCACAAGUAAAUUGUUUCACGAGCUUUUCUAUCAACAUGUAUUAGGAACUUCAAUUUCCUGCAUGAUAUUAUGAAAUAAAUUGUUUAUAAAUUGACCCUCCGAGUUAUCAAAUAUUCAAAGGAACUUCAGCAAACUGUUGUUUCAGAUUAAAUCAUAUCAGUGGAGGUUACUACCAGACUAUAAUUCAAAGGCUCCACAUUUUGAACAGGUGCUCUAACAAAGUCCUGUUUCAACUUUUGCUCAUGACUUGCUUAUCCAAAUUAAUCUGUUUCAAAUGCUUAGUAAUGAUUUCAAGAAAUUGAUAUUGUUUCAAAUUGGGAUUUUAGUUUUUUUAUUGGCCACUUAUUGACCGGAAAUUUAUAUGCCAGCUGAUAUUGAAAAACCUUAAUUUUGUUCUGAUUCGGCUCCGAUUUCUUUGAAGUUGAAUUUCGAAUUUGGUUUUUGGACUCCGGUUGGUGCCGAAUAUAUCCAAUGAUAUUAUCAAACUGUCUUAGAUAUAUCUGUCCAAGAAUUUAAAAUUCAAAUUUGUGCUAUAUUUAACUCAUUUUUAUCUCUGCUUGGCUUGAGUAACAGGUCUGUGAUACAUUUCACGUCGAGUCCCUCACCGACCGAAGCAUGACCAUUUAGUUCAUCGUUUUUCUUCGGUAAAUCUUGAAUUUUCUACAUCACAAAUGUUAGCCGCAUAUUUAGUUCGGAAAAUAAUUGGCAGUUUUUUGCUUCAUUUUGAAAUUUUUUUCAAUCAACAGAACAUCAAUGUUCAGGUGUAAAAUAUCGUAAAAUUCUGCAUUUUGACCCAAUCUGCUUUUAAACUGCUCACCAGAUGUUUUGAAGAAAUACUAGAAACAGACAUGGACAGUAAUACAAGCGCUGAAAAUCAAAGUUUAGAACACAAUUGAUAUGUUAACAAGAUUGCUCGUAAAUGCAAAAGGUGAGUUCGACCAAAUUAAUUUACCGCUUACGCGGGUCAUGAGAACGCAUGUGAUCGCCCGCUGAUUUUACCAAAUUGGCCAAAUUAGCAGUCUUCAAAACGCCGUAACCUUACAGAAAACGAUCACAGGAUCUUUUUGUUGAGAAAACAGUGCCAUUGAAAACUGGCAAAUAGCACUUGAAAGCCAGGACUAGGCAAUUUAGUAUACAGGCAUCUGAAGUGGAAAAAAGUUAUUUCUCGAAGUUGCUUUCGUCGACAAGAUCCGAAAUCAAAACAAUUAUCCAUUCGCUACGACUUUAAUAGAGCGCAGAAGCCAGCGUUUUGCCUCCAAAGUUGAUGGUUGCUUCUUAGGUAGUUUGUAAAAAAAACAAAUUAGACUUAAAAUUCUACCUAAAAAUUGUUCACUUUAAUGCAUUUCAUUGCAUAUUUCGGCUGAAUUUCUUGUAUAAUCAAUUACCGGUCUCUUGCUACUUGAUAGUAACAGAUGGUUAGCGACACGCCACACCCUAGACACAAGUUCCUUCCCACCAGAGAAUCAAAGUAAGGACAACUAUAGCUUCCCUCUCAAAUAUUUUGCAUUAAGUUACAUGGUAUGUUUCCCGUUUCAGGAAACUUGUAGCUUGAAUUCAUCUAAGAAUGAGCAAUUUGAUUAGCUUCUUCCUCUGACGUUUCUUUUUCUGAUUUUUGAUUUUUAUAACCAAUAGAACAACUAAUUGCGCUUCUUGAUAUACAUUUUUUUUAUAGUUUAAGCGAGUAUUACAAAAUUGAUGAACCGUAUAAUUUUACUUCUUUUAAUUAUUUUGCAGCCUUUUUUCAGCUAAUUUCUUAUAUUAGCUCCCAAAAAUGAAGAUGCAAAUUUCACAAAAGGAAACGAGAGUUAUAUAUUAUCCUGCUUAAGAGAAUAAUUGAUUACCUACUUCUCAAAUAUCUCAGAUCGCAUGCAUUUCUGUAGCGCCAUCAAAUUUACACCUGUUUUCGCUGCUUAUACAACAGUGAACUUCAUAGAGGAUUUAUUGACCAAAUAAGUCCCUGUUUGAUUACUUUAUAUCUCGUUAUUCCCUUUUCUAACGUUUUUACACACUCAACUUCCUGCUUUCGGCAUUUGCUACCAUUUUAAAGGGACUUUUUAAUUCAUUUUAAUUGUUUUUACUUUAGAUGUCGUUUAUUUGUUCCGCUUAUAUUGAAUAAUUCAGGUUUUUGCUCUCUUUUACUGAAAAGCCUGACUUGGAUUGAAGCAAACUACAGAUAUUUUUCGCUGAUUAUAUUGCUUUCAGACCUGGCUUAUUUACUUUUUCACAGAUAAGUUUACAUUCACGAAAAUUGGCUGAGCUAUCUGACGUCUGACCCGAUACUUCUAUUCCCGAAACUUUCUCUGAAAAAGCGUAAGACAUAAUCCUCAACUGCAAGUUGGAGCAUAUCGUGAAAACAUGCCGUACAAGACUAUUUUGAUUCUGAGUGGCGCCUUCAUAAUCUUGUUGAUGCUGACUAUCAUGCAGCAGAUUGUGAGUUUCUUCCAGAACCAGAACAACCCUGUUUCGUCCAUCAAUGUGUUAAGGAGCGACAAUGGUUUCAUAGACAGUUCAGUGGUGUUGUUCUCGGCGUUUAUCGUUUCGGAACCUGAGAGUGUAGUGGAUUCGGUGGAUCUGCUCUACGAGAAGUUCAAUGUAUCCGACCACUGCCGAUGUCUCAAUUCCAGUCUGUCCUCCGAAUACAAGUGGGAAUCCUGUCACAGAAUACUUCGUAUGGACGAUCCAGACAUCGACUCACAAGUAUUGAUCUUCGAGGCACCAGUGAAUUAUGGCGCAUUCCAAACUGAGGCACUGAUCUGCGACCACCUCACUGACCCGAUAGUGGUCUUCAUGUUCAUAGUAGUUGCCCAGUCAUUUGAACAAAUGAACUAUUCAUGGACACUGAGGAACAGCAGCGAGAGGAGUGAGUUGGUGGACGAGUUGUUCAACGGACACAUCCACCACUGGGUCCACUGCAACUUCUACACCAACCUCAGACUGACAAAGACAGAGUACUUCAGAGACCACAGGCCAAACAGGAUACACAUCGACGUAUCUUCGAGCACGACGGAGAAUCUGAAAAAGGGUCAGACUCGGAUGAACUUUGCGUGGCUGGACGGGACAGUGACCCGCAUAGACAAGUUCACAGACAGAAGUGUGUGGUCAUUCGCCAUGCUACUCUGUGCAGUCCUCUUAGGUCUAGAGAGAUGCUACUCUAUCAUAACAAGAGCCAAAGCUCAGAAUCAGAAACAUCGGAGUCGUCGAAAGGAAAAAGGGGAGAAAAAAGAACAGCCGCCAGACCUGAACUUAAUCGACCCAGAAAACAACCAGACGGGAAUAAAAGGAAAUCGAGAAAGCGCCGAACACUCUCAAUUUAAUCAGAAGAAAACAGAAAGCGCAGCCAUCAUCGAAAAUAAGAAUUUUUUCAAUGUUUAAACAAAAGAAGCUUUGAAGUUAUGUUUGUAUAUAUUUCGGAAAUAUUUAAUCGAAGUUCAAACUCGUUUUUUAUUUUAAUGAACUUUAUUAUACUGCGAUAUCCCAAAAAAAACAAGU